AUGCUGUGGAAAGUUGCGUCCGUGCUGCUCGCCUCCUCGAUCGUUGUUCGCACAGACUACGUGGCUGCUCAAGGUGACGAGGAGGUUCAAGGAUCCAACGAGAUCGGGCAACAAGCCAUGGAAUCCCAGAGCGCACCGUCUCUUCCACCAUACGUGACAAACGCGUUCCCAGUGCCGAGCGGCGUCCUAUCAGUGACCAGAUGCACAGUCGAUAGCACUCCGACCUUUUGCUGGUUGUCUGCUGGAUCGACGCUGAACAGUCCCGAAGCUUCUGGUGGCUCUUCGGUGUCCUGGUCAAACGUGCCCUCCUUUCCCAACACAACCUCGAGCACGACUGUGGAUGCAGGCGAUGCCACGACGUAUCUUCUCAACGAUGGCUCCACGUCAACCGUGGGCGUUGCGCCGUCGACUACAUCAGGUGAUGACCUCACGACAACUGUUGUCGUCGAACAUGGGUCUACAGCAACCUACCUGCCGAGUACCGAGGUGGAUGCAGGGAACAGCAGCAUAUCUACAGCAACUGCUUCAACAGACGCCACAGGUACUGAUGCUGUGUCAGCCUCGGGAUGGAAUACAACCUCAUGUGGCGGCUAUGGCUGCUUUGCUUGGCCUCACGGGAUUGGCACCGGCACGGGCACUGGCACUGGAGGGGCAUCUCCUAUUCCCUCUGGUUGGUCUACUUCUAAUAACUUCAACACCACCGUUACCAGUAUCCGAGCGACUUCGACUAUCACGAGCAGAAUCACGUUGACCGAUACAAGCUGUUGCAACGGCAGCACCACUGCCGAUGCCGACAAUACUUCGAGCGUGCCAUUCCAGAACAGCACUAUCACCGCCACGCUUACCGCCACUGUCAGUCCUAUCCCCAGCUCGUCGACAACGAUCAAUGAUACACAGACAUACACGUCUGCCAGCAACACCAGCAUGACUGCGUCCUCGUGCUGGACCUCUACCAAUGGCAAUUGGUCAUCGAUUUCUGGCUGCAGCAUGACUGGCUCCCCAACAGGCUGGGUCGACUGGAAUAAUACCGUGUUGCCGAGCGGAGGCGGCAGCCCAUGGUCUAAUACAAGCGUCUCCGCUAUUGACAGCUCGACAUAUGGCACAGGCACUGGAGGGAGUCAGUCCAGCACGACCGGAAGUGUGUCGUGGCCGAACUCAACUGCAGUCAACGGGUCAGACAGCACCGCCUCAUCGACCGCCAGCGGCGGCGAAGUGUCCGAGAGCAGCAGCAGUAUGACUUCCACUUUCACAGCUACAACCAGCAACGCCACCAGUGCUGGAACCAUGACCAUUACCAAGACUGUUUCUAUUAGCACGUCUGGCUCCCCAGCUCCAAGCAUCAACGGAAGCCUGCCGAUUCCUGAUACGACCUGCACCUCUUCCGUCACGGUGACUAUCUUCCCCAACUUUACGAUUCCUCAUGGUCCCGGCAUCACUGGUCCCUCCACUUCCAGUGCUUGGUCGUCCUGGUCGAACAGCACCGACGUCAACGGUGGCCAAGGGACAGGAACUUCCUCGUCGACCGGUGCCGCGGCAUCUUCGGCUUCGGGCGGCUGGUCUGGCGGCACUGGGACCGGCACAGGCUCCUACUCGUCAGCCACCAGUAGCGACUUCUCUUUCAACAACACACUCACUUCUGUUCCCAACACUGCCGGCACCGCAAGCUACACCAACAACAGUAGCAGCACUGCCAGCUCCACAUUCGCAACCUCUGAGUCUGAUACAACCUUCGACGCCACAGGCGGCAGCUCCAGCACGUCCUACCCCUCAGCUUCCGGCUCGCCCUGGCUGGACGUCAACGGCACUGCCCCAUGGGCUACCGCAACAGGCACCGGCUCACUUCCGACAUUCACUACAGACGGCAUAGCGCAGUGCUACCAGUUCGUCAACCCCGUGAACGGGGAUGUGACAGGUGAGUCGUGUCGGAAUAUUAUCCCAACUACCUUCGAAACUUCCCGCAUUCAAAACCCAGAUCCUUCGGCUACGCUCACUGGCGACGACUCACAGGGAGGAGGAGAUGAUGCUGCCUCUACUCCUACAGUCGCUGCUCGGGACGAGGGUGAAGGCAUGGUUCGGGAAGUGGUUCGCCGUGGCAUGCGGCUGGUGGGUGGGAAUGGUGAGGCUGGGUACGGUGUUGCUGGGAGAGAGGGGGUUGUUGGUGGGGUCUAUGCUCGAGGACGUACUCAUUGA